AGCUUUUUGGCCCACGCGGCUUCGUGGCGGACGAAGCGGAGGUUGGCCAAGGACAAUGUCGUCAGAUGACGGCUACAAGCUGUUUGUGGGAAGCUUACCAGCGGAUUGCACCUCAGAGGAGUUGCACGCGGUGUUUUCAACUUAUGGGGUCGUGACGCAUGUUCAUGUCAUGAAUCCUCACCCACGAUCUGGACAGAGGUGUGCCUUUGUUUUCUACACCACAAAAGCAGCAGGAGACGAUGCUUGUAAAGUCUUAGACAAUCAGUACAGGAUUCGUACUGAUGCGGCCCAACCCAUUGUGGUUAGAUGGUCCAAGGAUAGUGGCUUUGAUGCAGCCGCCAAUGGUGAUUGCGAAGAUGGACCAAGACGAAGCGAUCCACCAGAAGAUGGCCACAAACUUUUUGUUGGCAAUCUGCCUGCAGAUCUCAGUGAAGAAGAACUGAGAUUAGUGUUUGGAACAUAUGGAGAAGUUGUGCACUGCCACAUCAUGAGUAUUCAUCCUAAGUCUGGAUUGAGGUGUGCGUUUGUGUACUACAGAGACCUCCAGUCUGCAGAGGCUGCGAUUCAAUUAUUAGAUAACGAGUACCGGAUUCGAGAGAAAGCAAUGGAACCCAUCCAGGUUCGAUGGGCAAACAAAGACAGUGAACGUGAACGGAAAGGAAAAGGAGACAAAGGAGAUCUCCAAAAUGCUUGGAGAGGAGAUCUCCAAAAUGCGAGAGGAGAUUGGAUCACCAUGAGUGAUCGAAAAGGAAAGGGCGAUGGAUGGGACAGAAGAGAGUGGAGCAAUGGCAAGGGCCUUCCAGCAAAGGGGAAGGACAUGUACAGCAACGGUCUUAGAAAAGUGGGGAUCGAGUUCCAAUCUACCUGCAAUCUACGAUCGUCGUUUUCCUUUGCUACUAGUAGCUUCUUGUUACUAGUAGUAAGGCCAGGAGACUAGUAGCGUCCGAUCGCUCCUAGUAGCGACGCCCUUUGCUGGUAGCUUCUACGAUUGUCGUUAUGUCCGACCGGCCGAUUUUCCGAGGUGAUUGGUUCCCAGGAACGAAGGCAGUCAGCCACUAGGAACAAGUGCAUCGCUUCUAGUAACAAGUGCCUUACUAGUAGUAACAAGGACGCUACUAGGAGCAAAGUGCAUCGCUACUAGGAGCAAGGACGCGACUAGGGGCUCCUGGCCUUACUACUAGGAACAAGAAACUACUAGGAGCAAAGGGCAUCGCUACAUAUGAGGUGCACAUUACAGACUCUCUCAUUGAUCCUUUCUGCGUCUCCCUCUUUUUCCACUAGCAGUGCAGCAGGGUGGCAGCAAAGGCUGGCAUCCACCCUGGGAGGACAGAUCGUGGGAGAAAGGCUUUGGGAAGGAC